AUGAACGAAGUCGAUCGAGCAAUCGAACGCGACGAGCGUGACAGUUCGCCUGCAGCUCAUCAUCCCAGCCAUGAAAUCGAACGAAUAGCAACAUCUUCCUCGACUUCAACGUCAUCUUCAGAGGCCUCAAUGGAGAGGAGACAGACGGCCAUCAGUCGAGCAAGCACACAAGGAGAUUUAGAAAGACAUCCAACAGUACUCAGCCGAAUUCACACUGCAAGAAGUCAGCAUGCGGGGACGAUUGGAAGAAGUCACACGGGAAAGAGUCGGGAUAGUAGGAGGGCGUUUCCAGAAAUGGGAUUGGGAAAACCUUUGCCACCACCACUUCCAGAAAGAGACGAAUAUGUCGUUGAGUUCAAUGGACCCGACGAUCCUUUACAUGCACAGAACUGGCCUAUGCGAAAGAAAGUUCUUACCGCGAUAAUGUUGGGAUACACAACACUCGUGUCGGCCUUUACGUCCAGUAUCUUUUCGACUGCCACAACAACGGUAGCGGCCCAAUUCAACGUUUCGUCAGAAGUUGGGUUGUUAGGGCUGUCGUUCUAUGUCUUGGGUUUCGCUCUUGGUCCUGUAUUUUGGGCGCCCCUAAGCGAGCUGAAGGGACGACGACUACCUUUGGUUAUCAGCAUGUUUGGAUUUUCCAUCUUUCAAAUUGGUGUCGCAGCUGGAAAAGAUCUUCAGACGAUCUUGCUUUGCAGAUUUUGGGGAGGCAUUUUUGGUGCGGCUCCUUUAGCAGUCGUCGCAGCUGUCUUCUCGGACAUGUUUGACAACAAAACUCGUGGUCUUGCAAUUACAGUAUUUUCUAUGACUGUAUUUACUGGUCCUCUUUUAGCCCCGUUCAUUGGUGGAUUCAUUGUCAACUCCUACCUCGGCUGGAGGUGGACUGAAUGGCUAGUCUCUAUCAUGGGCUUCGUCGCAUUCUUCCUCGACCUUUUCUUCCUCGAGGAGACAUAUCCUCCAGUCAUUCUUAUCUCCAAAGCCAAAGAACUUCGUCGUCGGACAAAGAACUGGGGCAUCCACGCUAAGCAGGAGGAAAUCGAAAUCGACUUCCGCGAGCUCAUCACGAAGAACUUCAGUCGACCUAUGCGCCUCCUCGUCACAGAACCAAUUGUCCUACUUCUUUCGAUAUACAUGGCAUUUAUUUACGGCUUGCUCUACCUUUUCCUUACCGCCUACCCCCUGGUGUUCCAAGGAAUUCAUGGUAUGAAACCUGGAGUUUCCGGGUUACCAUAUUUUGGUAUGAUUAUUGGCAUGUUGAUCGCCGGUCUCUACAUCGUCCUCACCCAACCAUCAUACAACAGAAAACUAGCAGCAAAUAAUGGAGUUCCAAUUCCAGAAUGGCGUCUUCCUCCGGUCAUUGCAGGUGGUGUUUCGUUCGCUGGUGGUCUCUUUUGGUUCGGAUGGUCUGGCUACAAAGCUGAUAUCCACUGGAUUGUACCCACACUUUCUGGCCUCCUCACUGGAUUCGGACUCCUUUCCAUUUUCCUACAAUCUCUCAAUUACCUUGUCGACGCAUACCUUAUGUUCGCCGCUUCCGCCAUCGCCGCAAACACCUUCCUUCGAUCGCUUGCUGGUGCUGGAUUCCCUCUCUUCUCUACCUACAUGUUUAAUGGGAUGGGAAUCAACUGGGCAGGAACACUAUUGGGGUGCGUCGCUGUUGUUCUGGUUCCUAUUCCAGUGUUCUUCUACAUUUACGGCGAGAGAAUCAGAAGACGUAGCGCUUUUGCACCUACAAAGCCUCUAGAGUCUGCAAGCGAAGACGACAGCGUCAACGUUAUUCGUCAAGAGAAGACUGGAGAGGACGCUGUCUGA